CCACUCUUGAGGGGUCGGCGUACGAGUGGUUCAACGCGCUUCCCGAAGGAAGUAUUGACUCAUGGCAAGACCUUGCCCAGCGCUUCCUCACCUACUUCGCCGGGAGGAAGCGUGCGAAGAAGUAUUUCACCCAUCUCCUCUCCGUCAAGCAGCAACAUGACGAACCCCUCCGGUCAUUCAUUGAUCGGUGAACGAGGGAGACCGAAGAGGUCGAGGGGGCCGAUGAGCGCACCCUCCUCGUCCUAUACCAGGGAGCCCUCCGCAGCUCCCCGUACACCAGGAGCCUCAUCACCGACCCUCCGAGGUCGUAUGCAAAGGCGCUUCAGCGCGGGAGCUUGUACGCCGACGCCGACGAGCUCCAUAAUCACAAAAAAGAGGGAGGCCAUCCCUCCAAGAAGACAAAUCCUUCGCCGGCCCCGGGACCAUCCUCGGCCGGCCAGGGUGCCCAGGGCCGUCACGGCUCUGGUGGACAAAGCAAGAAAGACCGCCACUGGCGGCCGAGGUUGGAACGGUCGGGGGUCCCCUUCACCCACCCGGUCAGCACCAUCCUCGACUACGCCGAGAAGCAUGGCCUCAUUGAGCAAGCUCCUCGGCCGGCCGAGAAGGUCCUUGCCAUCCAGCAAGGCGGCACAUACUGCCGAUUUCACAAGAACUCCUCACACAACACCGACGACUGCAUCACACUGAAGAAAGCCAUCGAGCGCCUUAUUCAUCAGGGGGAACUCUCCCAAUUUGUUAAAGGUGGCCCGCGCAAAAAUACGUGGGUAAACACCGGCAAACCUGGGGGCGAACCCUCUACGAAGAAACGGGAGAUCGGCAGGCUUAGCGACGACUAGGACUUUGAAGAGCCUCCGCCAAAGAAGAACCAUAUUCACCUCAUCGUAGGUGGGAAUACCGGGGGAGACUCCGUCACCCAGAGGAAGAAAUGGGCCCAAUCCCUUUACAUUGGGGAGGUGUCCCACGUCCCCCCCCCCCCCAGCCGAAGAAGCAGCGAACGGAGUCGAUCACCUUCACCGACAAAGAUCUGCCUCCGGGUACAGAAUCACACAGGGACGCCCUCGUCAUCCGGUGUGAGAUCGGUGACUCCAUCAUCCACCGCACUUACAUCGAUACGGGGAGCUCCGUCAACGUGAUGUACUUGGACACCUUCAGGCAGCUGAAGCUGGACAAAGCUCUGCUGAAGCCGAUCAAGACACCGUUGUCCGGCUUCACCGGGGACUCUAUCGAUGCCGAGGGCACGAUAGUCCUCCCCGUGGAGGUCGGCGACGGCCCCCACCGCGCCAAAAUUGUCAUGGAGUUCAUGGUGGUCAACCUCCAGUGCGCCCACAACCUGAUCUUGGGGCGGCCAGCACUGGAGGACUUGGAGGCCAUCAUCUCCAUGAAACACUUGUGUCUGAAGUUCCCCACCAAUGGUGGCAUCGGCUACGCCACAGGAAACCAGAGGAUAGCCAAAGCAUGCUACCUCAAGCUAACGAGACCGGCCGAGAGGGAAGGACAUAGGAUAGACACCAUCACGGCAGCCGCUGCCAAGGAUGAGGAGAGACCGCAUGCCGAACCGGCCGAGGAGGUCGAGGAAGUCCCUCUAGAUACCUCCCGGCCGGAGCGGGUCCUCAAAAUCGGGAAGCAACUCCCACAGGACCAGCGGGACGCCAUCCUCCUCGUCCUACGGUCAUACGCCGUCAUCUUCGCGUGGGGCCCGGACGAAUGCUAGGCAUCAGCCGGCAGGUGAUCACCCACCGGCUGACCGUCGAUCCAGCCUCCGCGCCUAUCAAACAGAAGCGACACUACUUAUCCGCCGAUAGGCGGGACUUCGUCAAAGGGGAGGUCGCCAUGCUCCUCUCAAUCAACCACAUCAAGGAGGUGAAGUACCCGACGUGGCUAGCCAACGUCGUCCUCGCCCAAAAACCGCCGACAUUCAGAAUGUGUGUUGUUUACACUGACCUGAACAAGGCGUGCCCCAUGGACCCAUUCCCUCUCCCCAACAUUUAUCAGUUGGUGGACGAGACGGCGGGAUGCGAGUUGAUGUCGUUCCUUGAUGCUUUCAGAGGGUACCACCAAAUUUUCAUGCAUGAAGAUGACGCUGAGAAGACGUCAUUCAUGACCCCGGAGGGAAUUUUUUGCUACCUCGUCAUGGCUUUCGGACUCAAAAACUCUGGCGCCACCUAUACCAGGAUGGUGGCCAAGAUCUUUAGAGCAGUCCUCGGCCGGACGAUGGAGGCAUACGUCGACGACAUGAUCGUCAAGAGCAGGCAAGCCACCACACAUGCUGACGACCUCCGGGAAAUUUUUGAAAUCAUGAAGGAGUUCAAGCUACGCCUCAACCCCAAGAAGUGCGCCUUUGGCGUCCAAGGCGGCAAGUUCCUCGGCUACAUGGUCAGCCGGAGAGGCAUCGAAAUAAAUCCGGAGAAGAUACAGGCUAUCAUCGACAUGGAGCCGCCCCGCAACGUCAAAGAGGUACAACGGCUGACAGGGCGACUGGCGGCCCUGAGCCGUUUCCUCUCCAAGUCAGCCGAGAGGUCACUCCCUUUCUUCCAGAUCAUGCGCAAAGCAAACAGCUUCAAAUGGACGACGGAGUGCCAGGAAGCGUUCGAAGAGCUGAAGAGGUACCUUUCGUCCCCACCCGUGCUCUCCAAAUCCAAAACCGGCGAAACCCUCUUCUUGUACUUGGGGGUGAGCACGUCGGCCAUCAGCUCCGUGCUCAUCCGUGAGGACGAAGGGGUGCAGAAGGCUAUUUUCUACAUCAACAAGACACUUAGGGAGGCCGAGCUCAGGUACUCCCCCAUUGAGAAGACAGUGCUAGCCAUCGUCCAUACGGUGAAAAAGCUGGGGCACUACUUCCAGGCCCAUGUCGUCCAAAUACUGACCCAGCAGCCCCUUGGCGCACUCAUGAGGAGCCCCACUAGCUCCUCAAGGAUGGUGAAAUGGGCGAUCUUUCUCAGCCAAUUUCAAAUUGAGAUCAAACCAAGGCCAUCUAUCAAAGGGCAAGCCUUGGUCGACUUUGUCACCGAAUGCACGACAAGGGAGACAACCGUUACCACCCCCGGGCCAGAGCCAGAUGACACAUGGAUCCUCUUCACUGACGGCUCAUCGGCCGCGAAAUCAUGCGGGGGCGUCGUCGUCCUCAUAUCCCCUGAAGGAUUCAGAGCCUACUACGCCAUCCGCUUCAACUUCAGGGUAUCUAACAAUGAAGCCGAGUAUGAGGCCCUCCUCAGCGGCCUCAGACUCGCCGCCGGCCUCAGAGCCCGUCACAUCAAAAUCAGGUGCGACUCCAAGCUGGUAGUGGGCCAGGCUGAGGGUACGUACGAAGCAAAGGAAGGCCGAAUGAAGCAAUACAAAUAGGCGGCAGAGGAGUUGCUUAAGGCGUUCGAAACCUACGAGAUCACACAGAUCCCAAGGGUCGAGAACGCCGAGGCCGACAUCCUCUCCAAGCUCAGCUCGGAUACUCUGACAUCGCCACUUUCAUCAUGACGGGGGAGCUACCCCAGGACGAGGAGAGGGCCAAGCUCGCCAAGCUCAGGGCCCCAAGCUACACUAUUGAAGAUGGCAAACUCUACAAAUGAUCCUACAAUGGCACUCUCCUCCGAUGCCUGCACCAAGACAAGGCCGAUGUGGCCAUGGAAGAAGUUCAAUGUGGUGUUUGCUCCUCACACCAGGGCCCUUUCAGUAUGUCCCGGCGUCUCGUCAUCCAGGGCUUUUUCUGGCCGACGAUGGCGCGAGAUUGUGCAGACCUGGCCAGGAAAUGCACCACGUGCCAAGUGCUCCAGAAGGCCCCUGGUCGGCCAGCCGUCAACUACGCCCCCGUCAACACUGCCAUUCCAUUUUCGAGAUGGGGGAUUGACCUGGUCGGCCCUCUACCCAGAACUGAUGGCAACAACCGCUACAUCAUCGUCGCAGUCGACUACUUCACCAAGUGGGUCGAAGCGGAACCUUUGGCCAGCAUCACGGGGGCCAGGUGUCAGAAAUUCGUCCACAAGAACAUCCUCACCCGUUUUGGUGUCCCCCAAGAGAUCAUAUCCGACAAUGGCACCCAGUUCGAAGCGGCGCCCUUCCAAGAGCUCCUUCGAGAAUGGGGAAUAAAGCACCGUUUCUCCUCCGUUGCCUACCCUCAAGGCAACGGGCAGGUUGAGAACGCCAACAGAACCAUAAUGGAGGGGCUGAAGAAGAAGCUACAGGAUGCAGGAGGAAGUUGGGCCGACGAGCUCCCCAACAUCCUGUGGUGCUAUCGUACUACGCCGAGGAGGGAAACGGGUGAAACACCUUUCGCCCUAUGCUACGGCUUUGAAGCAAAGGCACCCACAGAAGUCACUAUUCCCAGCCGACGGGUGGAGCAAUAUGACCCAGAGGUCAACGAGGAAAACAUGAAAAUCGACCUCUACCUGGUCGACGAAAGACAUGAACAUGCAUUCAUCCGAGCAGAGAACUACCGGCGUCAAGUGAAAUCAUACUAUGACGCCAAGGUACGUUCCAGAGAAUUCCAAGUGGGGGACUACGUCCUCCGCCGAAGGGAAGCAAGUCAGCCGACAGAAGGAGGCAAGCUAGCCUUAAAGUAUGAAGGUCCCUACAUCGUCAGUGCCGUGCUGAAACCCGGCACCUACAAGCUUAAACGCCCCAACGGGACCAAUGUACCACGAACGUGGAAUGUACACCAUUUGGUGAAAUUUUAUCAAUAAUCCGAAGGAGGUGCAGCCGGCGAAGCCCUCACCCUUUGACGGAUUAUUGAUUGAACGCCACCCUCGGCCUUGAGCCACUUUUGAAUAAAAAUCAUGUUUCCUUUGAUUUAUAAGAGUUCGAGUAGCACAUUAACAGGCACCCUCAUCGGCCACCUUAGAGCGAAAGGCUCAGGCAUGGUCGAUGUGGCGCUUCGCAUCUGCAGCCUUAUAGCGAAAAGCUCAGGUAUGCCCCAUUGUAUUUUGUAUCAGCGAAAGGUUUAGGCCCAGCUGAAAGAGCACGUCGUACCGGCCCCUCAGAGCAAAUCACUCAGGUAGGGCCGACGAUGUCCCCAGGACGAUGGGCCCGCAACCGGCCCGCGUCUUGAAACAGGAAGUUCACCGCGUCGUCCACGCGCCUGAUCACAGGACGACAUGCCUGAAAUCAUGGCCGAGGUGACAAAAUCCCCAAACUCAGGGAUGGGCAACGACAGCCGUUGGAAACCAACCGAAAGUCUAGCUCGCGUCAUAAAUAGGCGACGGGACCCCCCCCCCGAGAUCAUGGACGUUAUAAACGAAGUCCAAACCGGCCGGAGGACUAUCGACCCCUUCGGCCGAAGCCUGAAAGAAGGACACUCCCCGAAAUAGGGAACGAAACAAAAAAAAAUAAAAAAGAGGGAAGCCAAGGACUGCGCGCACUUGCCGGCCUCGAGCAGUAAAAAUAAAUCCCCACAAAUCAGCCACACAUUUGGCUAAGUACAUAUCAGUUGAAUACAAAGGUAACACUACCAACAGGUAACGCGGACGAAGCGUCCACUCACUACAAGGAAAGUGUCAAGGACGGAACAUGCACCCAUAAAAUCCUAUCCAAAGUGGUUGGGCGAAACGAGGGUGGUAACCUUCAUCGGCCAUAACCACCUGAAGCGCCAACACUUAGCAUGAAAAACAAGGAAUCAUAACUUCACACUUAAACACAAUCCUGAAGUUGACCACCGGAAAGGAGGCCCAGGACGAAGCGGGCAGUAAAACACCCGCGGGAAAGUUAAACACAUGAGUAGGCAACCCCUACCGGCCACAACAUUCUUGCUGGCCGUUACAGGCACUAAAACCUAGGCGGUUGUUUAAACUGAAAAUUUGUCUAAGUGAUUCCCAAACAGUUGGAGAAAAUUUCUAAGGAAAAAAGUUCCCUGAGUGAAUUCCAACACUUAGAGAAUCCUAAAGAAAGCAAAUGCGAAGGAAGAGGCAAAACACCCGGGUACCUUCAUCGGCCAUACCGCCAAACUUGGCCGACGACAAUACUAAGCAGAGAAAACUACAUGGCCUAGCACUUGGGCAAUCUCCUCAACGAAGGGACAACCUCAAGACGAAGCGGGCAUUCAGACAUUUGUAGGUGCCCGUCUCGGCCCUCGCCAACGAAGGGACAUUACCUAUGUUCUGGUUUGGCACUUAGACAAAUUUCGAGGUUGAAAUAACCAAAGCAAGAAACAUGAACAUUUAAAGGCGAUGGGGACGACCAAUCCAUGCAAUCCAAAGGUUAAGUCCCAUAGGGGAGCACUUCAGCCAUCGCACCCAGACGACAAAAGUCAGGUACCCUUAUCGGCCACAACUACAGAAAUCAGAUACGACUCCCUGUCUAGACUACCGAAAAGGGCACCGGGCCGACGGGAUCACCACGUAUGGUACUUGGUUCAACACUUAGGAAAAUUUCCAAAGUUUUGGGCAAAAGCGAAAGGGGGCGUAGUACCAGGACGACGCCAACAUCCACUCAUUCGAGGCCUUGGCACUUAGAAAAUUUUCUAAGUUCCAAUUCCAACACUUAGUAAAGAUUCUGAAAAGACCUGAAAACAGGAGUAAAGAAAGAAAGACGAGAAAAGACAUGAUAAGGCCGCAAAAACAAACUUCAUUAAUAAAAGUUGUUACAUGAGGAGGGCUCAACGGCCAUUACAAAAGGGGCACCACAACGGCCUAGCUAAAAUAAAAAAAAAAGAUUAUGCAGCCGAUCAACUCUCGGGAAUGGCCUCAUCGGCCACCCGCUCCGCUGGGACCUCCUCCGUCCUGGUACCCCCGCUGACCUCGGUUGCCGAAGAGACGACAGUAUCGACCUCAUCAUCAGAAUAUAAAGGCGAACCAAUAGAAGAGCUAAGCACCGGAUCCUGCCUCUCGAAAGGGGGGAGUUUCGCUUCGGCCUCAGGAUCCUUCAUCAGCCGGGGAAGCUUCAGGUUCUUCUUGGCCCACUUCUUGGUGAACUUCAGCUUCUUGAACGCCCGGUGCAGCCUCCGGUAUAAUAGCCGUUGCAUCCUCUGUUGGCCCAUAUCAUAAUAGACGGCCAUCUCCCGAGCAAAGUAUGCUUGGCCAGCAGGGCAGUUCUGGCCCCAAUCUUCAAGCCGGUCCGCCACGACUUCGUAGCACCAGGGACGGUGGUCAUCGGCCUUCCAGCCAUCGGCCAGGAACCUCUCGAUGGUGCCAUCAACGGCCUUCUCAGCGGCCCUCUCAGACUCAGCCUGAGCCCUGGCGGCAUCUUCGGCCUGAAGCAGGGCCUCAUCACGGCUUCGAAGGGCUUCGUCCCUAACCCUCAAAGCGUCAUCCUAGUCAGCCGCUACCUGCCGGUAGGUCACAUCGGCCUCAUCAACGCAUUUCUGGAGGGCCUUCACCUCCUCCCUAAGCCGGUCUAGGCAGGCCAUGACCUCCUCGGCUGAGGCAGCUUUCUUCUCAGCCUCCCGUAGGCGAGCAAUCUCCUGCUCUUGCCUUUUGUGGCUCUCCAUCAGCAUGAGAGCGCCCUACAACAAAACAAAAAAGGAAAUGAGAAAAUGAGGACGAUGCAAAACCCAUGGCAUAAAAAACGUAAAGUACGAGGAACUUACUUGGACGAUGAGGUCCAUGCCGCCAUCGUAAAUCCUGACGGCACCCAGCUUCUUCAGAUAAGCUCGAUCCUCAACCGGGACAGCCUGGGCCAGGACUUCAUGGCCGUCAACGGCGUCAUUGAAGACGCCACCCUUCAUGGGAUACUCGAUCUCGAGUUUGUAAGUCCUGCCGGCUAGCUCCUUGCCAGCCCUUUGCUUCCGGGGCUCCUGGCCGGCAGCGAAAGGAUCGCCGAGGAAGGAACCAAAACCGCGUCCACAACGGCAACGACGCUAGAACCCCCGACAUCGUCUUCCGGCAUGGACACACCCCCGGCACCAGCAUCGGCCGAAGGGGAAGCCCUCCUCGACUUCUUGGCUUGCAUACCGGCCUCAGUAAGCUUUUUCUGGCCGUCAUCAGCAGGCCGCUUCUUCUUCGGCUGGGUUGGCGGCUUCUUCGCCGCAUCAGCAUUUGAUGUAACGCCGCUCCAGCAGCCGCCUUCGCGGCCUCCUUUGCGGCCAUUUCUUCUUUUGCCUUAGAUUUUGCUAAGGCCAUGACGGAUCUGCGAUCCAUAGCAAAGUCUGCACAAGGAAAACAAACAGUUAGCAAAACAUAAAAGAAAACAUAGACGAAGACGCCGGGGAAGGUAUUACCAUCGGCACCAGCAGGAAUGCCCAUAUCCGGGCCGUCGGCUUCCUCAAAGGUGGUGGUCAUCUUCGGCCAUAACUCAAGAUCACCUUCCUUGUCACCAUAAACAUGGUACUUCAUGAAGCCGAGGGCGGUCAUUUUAUACUCCGUGAUGUAAUGUUUCACGCUCCUCGGUCCACCCUUCAGAAACGCCGCCACCUGGGCAUCCAGAAUACUGCUCUUCGGCACGUCAUGCAGGGUGAACUUACCGUCAUGACCAACCGAAGGGAACUCCGUGCCGUUCUCACCCAAGGACACGAAGAUGAACUUGCUCUUCCAUCCGUGAAUAGACGAAGGGAGAUCAGUGAAACUCCUCUUCUUCGGCAGCUGCUGGAGAUUGGCGUAGCCAACACAGUUCUUGUGGCUCCCUCGGCCAAUCUGGUACAGGUUUAUAAAUAGCGCUGGCGUCAGCCUAAAAUAAAGCUCAUCGCAGCGGAGAAGAAAGCCAACUAUGAGCGAAUAGCUGUUGGGAGUCAGCAAGGCCGGAGGGAGCCCCACCAUAUCCAGAUAUUCCGUGAUGAAGGGGUGAAGGGGAAACCUAAGUCCCUUUGCGAAGCUCAUGGGGUAUACUCCAAAAUACCCCGGAGGUGGAUUCAACACGUGAUCCGUCGGCUUGGGCGCCCUAACCCGCCCAUACAGCCCCACGUACAUCUGGGCCACCAGGUAGUCGGCCGCACUACUCUCUGGCUUAAUCAUAUAAAGAUUGCUGAGAUCCAGGUAAGAGAAACCUGGACCCCUCUUCGGCCGCCGCCUUCUUAUCAGAGCAGCUCCCUUCACAGCAGAAACCGGGUUCGGGCAGGGGAUCGCAACCGAUGUAGACGCUCCGUCCACAGCACGUGAAGCCCCUAUUUCUCCACCAUCAGACGAGGAGGCAGCCUCUUCGUCCUCACCCUCACCCUCCCCGGACUUGAAGGAGCUCAACUCCUCUAUCUCCUCACAACACUCUUCUACCACCCGGUAAUCAAGGGACCUAGCAGAGGGCUCAUCGUCGUACGGGUAGUACUCAUCGUCCAAGGGCUUCAUUAUAACAGUUAACUAGAGCCUAGAUGUUUCUACUUUGGAUCUAAACGUCUAUCUCCACUAACAAGGGAUCAAUGGCCUAGGAAGCGAAAUAGGCAAAUUACAGAGGGAAGUUUCGAUGAACUAACCUUUGAAGCUUGAUGAACACGAAGAACACUGGCAAGAACUUUAUCUCUCUAGAAAAUUCAGUAGCACUUCGUUAUCUCAGGAAUGCAAUGAGGAAACCUCUUCGGAGGGGGGGGGGGUAUUUAUAGGCCUCCCCCCCAAACGGUCACUACACGUGGCAACUUCCCAUUGGCCACAUGAGCGGCCACCACCCUCAAAGCCCAUUGGGCUGGGCACCGAUUCAGAAGUCGGGUCAGGCCCACUUCCACAACACCAUCUCACCACUAACGAGCCAACCACUCAACGGCCACACUAAUAAAGCGUGCCCGUAUCGGCCUCAACACAGAGAUGCUUCAAAGGGAUAGAUCACAUUUCAAGGCAACUCGACAUCGGCUUGAACAGAAUACCAAUCGCAUGGCUUUCUUAACGGCCACACCAGCAAAACCACCAAGAAAACCCCACGCCAUCGACCCUGUAUAAAACCCUGAUGAUAAUUUCUUGAAAGCGACCUGCGUCCAAGGGUUCUCCCAUAGGGUUACCUUGACCAGGAAAUCGUCAAGGAAUUGGAUUCAGGUGUAUACAAGAGUCCGCUUCGGCCUGGGUACCUCCUUUACUCCUUCACCCCUCACCUACUCUUCGGCCUGAAGCAGUGGGGGACUGGGGGACUACACCGGCCUUUGCAAACCAGGACAAAAUCAAAGAAAUCCAAAAAUACACUAAGUCCACAACUACAACAUUAGACAUGCAUCACAACGUCCAUAACAUCGUGGUGCACCAUCGGCCGCAGCAAAGCUAGCAAACAAAGAAUUCCCUCCCAGAUCACUGAUCAGUGCCGUUAUCGUCCUCAAAAGCGUGAACACCAGACUACGGACAACACCGCUUCGGCCAAAAAACACAGAACACGGCCAACGACCAAGAAGCAAACCGCACCCUCAUCGGCUACCUGGGAACAAAAGAAUACUCAUCAUCCUCAAACAGGAGACAACCACAAGGGCCUCCUCGGCCCCAAAGAGCCCAGAGCAGCCACCAACUGUCCCGAGUGGGCACAACCAUUCAUCGACCGUUCGUGACAAAUGGUGCUCAUCCUUCCCACCAAGCAAGGACGCUCAUCGUCCAAUCAAAUGACAGCCCCAAUGGCCUCCUCGGCCAACAGUACAAACUUUAAACUAACGGUCAGAAGGAGUGAAUAACACCCUUAACGGACACUCAAGAUGAGGGAGGCUCGUCGUCUUCAAGCAAGAACGCAACCGCAGUGGCAUCCUCGGCCCAAAAACGAAAUCCAGCCACCGAAGAUCGUGAGAAGGAAAGAAUGUCUUCAUCGCCCCCAUAACUGGAACGCUCAUCGUCCACGUCAAGGGGAAGGUAACGGCCAAACUCAGAACAGUGCCACCAAACGCCACGACAGGGAACGGCCAACGUGGUCCCGCAUCGGCCAAGAGCAUCAAGCACAGAAAUCUACUCUCCUUCACUUCGUCUACAUCUCAGAUUAGAGAGUGGGGGACUCCUGAUGGAGGAUAUGGGUCUAGGCCCCAGGACCCACAUACUCAGAAGAACAGAAAGCACAAGCCACUACGCGACGCCCUCGUCAGCCAAAGGACCCUCGUCGGCCGAAGAGGGACCGACUCAGAAUAUGCCCCUGGAGCCAGGGAACCAGGGUGUCCUCAUCGGCCGUGCCCUCAUCGGCCGUGCCCUCGUCGGCCAGAUCCUCGUCGGCCACGGAGGACUCACAGAACUAGAUUUUACACUUAUUCAUUUAUAUAGCCCAUCAGUUACUUUGUAUUCGGCCCAAUAGCGGUCCGGUUGUAAAUGGGCCUCCCAAGCCCAAGGCUUGGGAGCCCAGCCCGUAUUUUUGCUAUAAAUACUUCCUCUGGAGGUAGUUAUAGAGGUGACAAAAUCAUUCUAUUUAACCAUUUACUUGCACUUCUCUCUCUAGCUCUCACUUCUCUCUAGAUAUAUACUCUAUCACCGUGUUAUGAAAAAUGUAACUCACGUUGAUGGAAAGUCUAACUUAGAUGUAUGCAAAAUGUAACUUGUUGAGCCAAACUUAAAUGUAAAUGGCGCAUAAGAUUGAUGUAAUUCAAGUAUAGAAGGAUGUAAUUUACGCACGAGAAGAUGUAACCCGCACAUAAGAAGAUGUAACUACCACUAGUGGAAAAACGUCAAAUAGAGGCGCUUCGUUUGAGGCGCUUUUCAGCACAAACGCCUCUAUUUGGCGUUAAAAUUAUUAUUUUAAAAUUUUUUAAAACCGUGUGGCGCUUAUUGGAAAAAAGCGCCUCCAAUCAUUUUUUUUAAAUAUUUUUUUAACUCGUGCGGCGCUUUCUUUUAAGAAGCGCCUCCGAUUUGAUUCCCGGUUUUUUUUUUAAUUCCGUCCACUCGUGCGGCGCUUAGGAAAAGAAGCGCCUCUAAUUUCCCCGGGUUUUUUUGGAGUUGGGCCACGCGUGCGGCGCUUGGGCUAGAAGCGCCUCUAAGUUCCCCGGUUUUAAAUGGAAUUGGGCCACGCGUGCGGCGCUUGGGCUAGAAGCGCCUCUAAAUAUUUCGUAUUUUUAAAAACAAAAAUACCCUGCGUGCGGCGCUUUUUGUGUAAGAAACGCCUCCAAUUUUAACCCAAAUAUUUGGCCGGGUCGUCGUCCAAACCUAGCUGGUCUUCAACAGCUGGGAAACGGAAAUAGCAGCUGGGAAACGGAAAUAGCAGCCGCACCGCGCGCGACCAAAGCGACCUUUCGACCGCACCGCCGCCGGCUGUUCCUCUUUGCCGCCGUACGCCUGCCAUCAGGUUAUUCGACUUCUCCAGCACGCUCGCCGCCGUCGUACGCCUGCCGUAGGCUCGCUCGCCGCCGCUACACGCCUGCAACUACUCUGGCACGCCGUCGACUUCUCCGGCUCCCCGUCGACUUCUCCGGCCCGCAUCGCAGGAGUUGUAAAUGUAUCAUUAUUAUAAGCGACGGCGACGGAGAUGAGCCUGGUCAUAAUCAAGAUCCUCAUGGCGGCGGUGGCGGUCAAAGAGACAGCGAGGGGCGAAAAAUAAUUGAAUUUGCUGAUACCGAUGUUGUCAUCGGUGAGUGGGCUGAAGAGUUUAAAUCAUUUUUGGGGAAGAUGGUACGUUCCCGAGUGAGUAUAAACAUUGAUAGUUGGAAGAAAGUUUCAAAAGCGAAUAAAGAUCAAAUCUUUAAAGAGAUACAGCAUGACUAUGCUGUGGAGGAUAAUAUGAAAAAACCAUUAUUGAAAAAGUUGGGCAAAAUGCACCGAGAUUGGAGAAAUCGAUUGCGAUCAGGUUUCAUAAAUAAGACUCGUCAAGUGGGAAAGGAUUGUGGGGAAGCUUUUGAGAAGUAUAAAGACCAACUUACCAAAGAAGAGUGGGAUAGUUUCGUGGCAAAGACUAUGACUCCUGAGUUUGUGGCUUUGAGCGAGAAGAAUAAACAAGCUGCACUUCAGAAUAUCUAUCCUCAUCAUAUGGGUCGUUCAGGAUAUGUUCUUUCCAUACCGAAAUGGAAAGAGCAAGGAUUAUUAGAUCAGUUUCUUACCGGUUCAGAAGUAGAUUCAACGAACUCUAGCACAACCACUUCUGGUGAUAUUCCAAGACAUGUCACUUGGUUUUGUGCAAGGUCUGGAUUAACAGCGGAUGGUCACAUCGUGUUUCCUGGUAAUACUGAGAGCAUGCGCGAGAAAAAAGAGAAGUUGGAUAAACUUCAAGAAGAUGUAGCAGCAGGAACGUGGAAGCCAAGUGGUCGACAUGAUAUAUUGACGGAGGUUGUUGGGAAGCCUGAUUACCCUGGACGUGCACGUGGCGUCGGUGGUGGUGUGGGUUAUACACAUGUCUUUGAUCGAGAGUCGAGAAGCACACAUCGAGAUAAGGUUGGUAAUUUGAGUGAUGUUGACCUAAAGCAGUUGCAAGAGCGUUUGAUGAAAGACAUGCAACAUUACUUUGUUCCAAGAAGUGAAGUGCCUAUCGGGGAUUCAAUGCCUGCUUCCGAGGCGGCCCACGUGGAUACUAUGAACUCUGUUGCACCCCAUUUUAAAAAAACAUUCAUUGAUGAUGCAUCUUGUAGGCUUGCUGUUGAGUCACACACUUAUCCUGAUGAUAAGAGUUUGGACUUUGUGGCCAUGGCUGUAGCCUACAACACGCCUGUUAGGUCGUUAAUCCAUAAUGUACCGAUGUGUGAAAACACAAUCAAAGUGAACAUAUGUAUGACAUAUCGAGAGUUUGAAGACUGUCCAUUGCUUUAUCCUAAUGAAGCCGCUGAUAUGAAUGUUGUAGCAGACGAUGUAGGUUCAUAUGUUCAAUGGCCAUCUCAUUUGGUUUUUUUGAGGGAGAGGAACCACCGUCUAAGUCAAAAAAGAAGGAUGGAGCUAAGAAAAAAGUACCCUUUAUCGUGAGAGAUUCACCAAAAGUAACGGUUGAACCCAGCUCACAUUCAUUGGUCAGUGAAACUGUUCUUCAUUCACUUACAGAUGAUCUUUUAAGAUUGCAUGAAAAUCUUGAGUGGUAUGAGCCCGAUCUUUGUAAGUUUUCUAUUCCUCUUCCUGCGGAGUUGUUCUGUUAUAUUGAUGAUAACCCAUUUGGGACCGUUGUUGACCGUGAAGACUUGAGUCAAUUUCUUGAGAGUGGUUCUGUUGAUCUUUCAAUUAUUCAGACCUUUAUGUGUUGUGUAAAUGCAAAACUGAUUGAGUUUGGUCGUGAUGAUGUGGGUCUUUUGUGUCCUUGGAUUUGUUCUUUUAAGUAUUAUCAAUUGGAUAAAAAGGGCACACUGACUUACAUGAAGCAUGCUCUCAUUGAAAUGUUUGAAAAGAAUAUAAUUCUCUUGGCAUAUAAUGAAGGGUAUCAUUGGAUUUUGUUUGUAAUUUGUCCAAAGGUUGAUAAGGGCUACAUUUUCAAUUCAUUGCCAAGUUAUUCCAAUAUUGCUAUUCAAAAAGAUCUUACGAUGAUGUAUAGAGUUGCGUCUACACAAAAGGGUCGUGGCAAGCCGAUCAAAUGGCAUAAUAUGAAGGUUUGGAAUUCAAGAACUGAGCUAUAUACAACGGAGGAGUUUGAUGACAUUAGAAAAGUAUGGGCUAGGUUUUUUGUAGAUGAAGUGUUAUGACAUUAGAACUAAGCCAAACUUGAAUGCAGUUUUAUUAUAUUGUGAUACAAAUUUGUACCUUUUGAAUUGUAUUUGUGCGAAACGAUUUUAUCGUUAUUCUGGUUUUAUGAAUGAAUGAAUGUGUUUUUUUGAGUUGACAA